GGUAUGCUUUCUAUUCUCUUUAGACUUCACAAUCAUCACAUGCCCUCUUUCCACUAGUUUCUCCUAUGAGAAUAAAAACAAAAAUCGUUGAAUUUGGAGUACUUCUCUCUACCUCUAAUUCCUUUUUUUCUGGUUCUCCAAGGUUCUGAUUUAGAUAUAGCAUUCAAUUAGAAUCCAAUUCCAACCGUUGAAUACCACUUGUACCCCUUGCUUUGUUCUUCUCACCCAUAGAACAAUUGUUACAUAUUAUCUUCUCGAAAUUCACAUGCUCUGUUCUGUUCUGCUUCAUGGCUGCAACUGCUACUCCUUCACAGGUUUUCAAAGACUACAACAAUGAUGGUUGCAGCACCAACAAUGGCAACCCUGAAAUUACAAGGAAUGAAAUUCAAACCGCCAUAGCUAAAGCAGUGGAAUUAAGAGCUCUUCAUGCUGCUUUAAUGCGAGGAAAUAGCCCAGCCAGUGCUAAAUUCCCAUCUCCUUCCCCUGCAUCUUGCCCUGUUUCUCAGUUCUCUGCCCAAGAUUACCCUGUUUUCACACCUAGCUAUGAAGAUGACUCAAUUUUGGGGUACAGUCAAAAUCUCAUGAGCCAAACAAUAUCAGAAAGCUGGGAAGAGAGUGCGCUAGAAGGAGGAAACAGCAUAGAAAGCAUAGUGCAAGAUUACAAGCAGAAAUCAAGUUCAAGAAAGGGACUAACUUCAGCUUUUGCCAACCUAGUAUCUCACUCAUGUCCAGCUGAUGACAGCAAAUCAGUAACAGGGUCUUGUGCAAAUCACAUCACUGUUCUUCAAACAUCACCUUGUAAUGACUACUACAAAUCUAGUAGAAGAAACAGUUUGGAGGAUUUCAAGUCCAUAUCCUCCUGCAAUAAUUGUAACCCUGCCAUAAUCACUACCGAAUUCGAGAGCGCGAGGAACAGCAAGAGCUCCAACACUGUUGUUCUCCCAGUCACUGAUUCUCACUCAUCUUCACAAUCCCAACAGAAAACCAAAGGGCUGAUUUCAUGGUUGUUGCCUCGGCUGAAGAAGAAGAAGCAAAAGAAUGAGAAUUUCCCAAACACAGCAGAAUCUGAGGAUGUUUCUCAGGCUCUCAAAGACUUUGGAAUCAUGUCAAUUGAUACAUUGAAGAAAGAGCUCAAUGAAGCAAAUGAGAAUAGAGAUUUGGCCUUAAUGGAAGUUUCUGAGAUGAGAUCUUCAUUGGGGGAGCUUCAACAGAAGCUGGAGUAUUUAGAGAGUUACUGUGAAGAUCUGAAGAAAGCUUUGAGGCAAGCCAUGGAGCCAAAAGAUACUCAACUUUAUGAACAACUUAAUAACAUUCCUAAACCAUUUGAUGGGAAUGGAAAAAAUUCAAUGCCGGUGAGUGAGGAAGCUAUGGUAGAGGGAUUCUUACAGAUAGUAUCAGAGUCAAGAUUAUCAGUGAAGCAAUUCUGCAAGAUUCUUAUAAACAACAUUGAAGAAACUGAUCAUUCUCUAAACUUGCUUCUCCAACCAUAUAAGCUCUCUCUAAAUUCCAAAAAUUCAAAGGCAGUGCUGUACCAUUUUGAAGCUUUCAUAAACCAGUGUUUCUUCCAAGACUUUGAGAACUGUGUGUUCCAAAAGAAUGGUUGUGCAAAACUCCUAGACCCACGUGUUUAUCGCGAAUCACAGUUCUCUUCAUUCGUUGCGCUUCGGAAGUUGAGCUGGAACGAGGUGCUGAGAAAGGGAACAAAGUAUUACAGUGAAGGGUUCAGCAAGUUCUGUGACCAGAAAAUGAGUUGUGUGAACACUAGUCUGAAUUGGACUAGGCCUUGGCCAGAACAGCUUCUUCAAGCUUUCUUUGUGGCGGCGAAAUGCAUGUGGCUGCUGCAUUUGCUUGCAUUUUCAUUCAACCCUCCAUUGGGGGUUUUAAGGGUUGAAGAGAAUGCAACCUUUGAGAGUCACUACAUGGAAGAUAUGUGUCCUAGAUCACAAGGUCCGAAGAGAGUUAAGAUCAUGGUGAUGCCGGGAUUUUAUGUUCAGGGUAGGGUGUUGAGGUGUAAAGUUCUUUGCAGGUACAAAUUCACCGUAGAAAAUCACGGUGAAACCAAAAUCCUCAACCACAAGAACUAAGUGAAGUUGUUUCUAUGUAUAGUUGAUUUUGGCUAACUGUAAUUUUAUAUAUUGUAUCCAAAACUCGUGUCCUAAUUGAUAUUCAAAUUGGUUUAAGGAGUUUAAUUGAUGUGUA